GUAAUUUUACUGUGCCCUGCAUUUCGUCCCCCAUCUCGGCAAUCGCUGCCUCCCUCCAUACAAAAGCCCGUCCACGCGCCAUGGCCGCCAUCGCAAUCCCUGUACGCAAGUCCUCCAAAGAGGUCCACAUGUCCCCCUCCACCCCUCCCGCCCUCCACGAGCGCAUGAACCGCAGAGACUCGCUCGCGUCCCCUGCCGUCCGCGCCCCCAAGGUGCUUCACCCCGUCGACAACGACGACCUGCGCCUCCUCCUCCUCGAGAACAUCAGCCAGGAGGCCGUCAGGGCUUUCCAGGCACAGGGCUUCCAUGUCGACCACUCAGCCAAGGCCAUGUCCGAGGACGAGCUCGUCGAGAAGAUCCCCCAGUAUCACGCCAUUGGCAUCCGUAGCAAGACAAAGAUCACCGAGCGUGUCAUCAAAGCCGCUUCGAAGCUCCUCGUUAUAGGGUGCUUCUGCAUCGGCACAAACCAGGUCGAUCUCAUCACCGCCGCCAAGGCCGGUAUCCCCGUCUUCAACUCUCCUUUCUCCAACUCGCGUUCGGUCGCCGAGCUCGUCAUCUCCGAGGUCAUCGCCCUCUCGCGCCAGUACUUCCAGCGCGCGUUCGAGAUGCGCGAGGGCCUCUGGAACAAGCAGUCCAAGGGCUGUUGGGAGGUCCGCGGCAAGACCCUGGGCAUCGUGGGCUACGGUCACAUCGGCGCGCAGCUCUCCGUCCUCUCGGAAGCCCUCGGCAUGCGCGUUCUCUUCUACGACGUGGUCAACAUCAUGCCCCUCGGCUCAGCCCGCCAGGUUGAAACGCUGACCGCGCUCUUGAACGAGUCCGACUUUGUCACGCUGCACGUCCCCGAGCUCCCGGAGACGACGAACAUGAUCGCGGCGGAGCAGCUCGCGGAGAUGAAGAAGGGCGCGUACCUCAUCAAUAACGCGCGCGGCCGCGUCGUGGACAUCCCCGCGCUCAUCGACGCCCUCAAGUCUGGGCACCUCGCUGGCGCCGCGCUCGACGUGUACCCUGCUGAGCCCGGCGCGAAUGGCGCGCCGUUCGACGACCAGCUUAACUCCUGGGCAAGCCCGUUGCGCGCGAUUCCAAACGUGAUCCUCACGCCGCACAUAGGCGGGUCUACCGAGGAGGCGCAGCGCAUGAUCGGCGAGGAGGUCUCGUCCGCGCUCACCCGCUACCUUAACUACGGUGCGACCAUCGGCUCCGUCAACUUCCCCGAGGUCGACCUGCGCGCGAUCACUGCGGAGCAGCUGGGCAUCCGCGUCUGCCAUGUGCACAAUAAUAUCCCCGGCGUGCUGCGGCAGGUCAACGAGGUGUUCUCGCCGUACAACGUGGAAAAGCAGUAUUCGGAAUCGAAGGGCGAUAUUGCCUACCUCAUGGCGGACAUUGCGGACGUCAGCCCCAGCGACAUCAACAAGCUGCGCGAGCUCAUCAGCAAGACGAGCGCAAACAUUCUGACGCGUCUGCUGGCAUAAAAUGUGGGUGUGAUUCCAUGACUGUACAAAAGGCCAGGAUGGACGGCCAUCGCAUGACUUAGUGUAGAUAAUAUACCGGGCCUGACUUCCACUCAACUGGAUUUUGAGGCUAUCUUGUGUAGUCUGGUGCCCAUAAAGAUGUAUCAAUAUUUGCUGACCUUGCUCUAUGUAAUAUCAUUGGAUUG